GGGGAUUUUGUAAUAGCUCAUAGGGAAGUACGGCAGUUUUGUCCCUCGAGUUGCUCCGUAGUUUUCAUCCAUGGCUUCCUCAGAGCCGCAGCCUCGGUUCGGUCAGUCUGUUAAAGGUUUAUUAUCUGAUAAAGUCGGUUCUUGUAGUGGAGAUGUAAUUGCUCUUACACGCCAGGUAUUAAAAGGAUCCCGUAGCCAAGAGCUGCUCGGUCAGGCAGCAAGAAACAUGGUUAUACAAGAAGAUGCCAUUCUGCACUCCGAGGAUAGUCUAAGGAAAAUGUCCAUAAUAACUACCCAUUUGCAAUAUCAGCAAGAAGCCAUCCAGAAGAACGUGGAGCACUCGCGAAACCUUCAAGACCAGCUUAGACAUUUGCUGAAAUAAUGCAUCGGCAAGCUAAGCUGUUGACAUGUUCAACUUGGACUUUGGUUUGUUCCUGACACCUUGUGCAGGGGGUUUGUGCUUCAGAGAUGACACACAUGUGCUUUGAUUGCCCUCUCAAUAUCCCUCAUGACCUUAAGGUAACAUCUUCUGUGUAGGACUGAUUUCUGGUUUGUUUGUUUUGUUUUUUUUGCUGUUGUUUAAUUUCCUAAACAAUAUUCUGUUAAAUUUGAUCAUUUUUUAUGAUUGUCAUUGUUAAAUGAGCUUGCUUUUGAGAAAAAACAAACAAACAAACAGUUGUCCACAGAUUUUCAUGUUUAGUUGGUCUCUUUUUGUGUUGAUGAAUAAAUUUGUUUUUGUAUAAACAUUGUGACAUAUUUGAGUGAACACGUAUGUUCUCUGCAGGAAUGCCAGUUGAAUGUGUAAUAAAGCCGCAUCUAAUAUCAGUAGCACUUCAGCAAGGUCAAACAGAUGUCUGUCCUAGAGCAUAGCCUUGAUCAUUACUCCCAGAAAGCUUUGGAUUACACUUCAGGGUUUUCACUUAUCUCUGCAAGCUGUGUGCACAAGCAUUUAGACACAACCAGUUAGUGUGCCAAAAAACCACACAAUGGGCCAAGUGUUUUAAAGAUUCAAAGCACUACAGUAUAAUGUUUAAUCAUUUUAAGAGAUAUAAUAUAUGUCUGUUGAAGUCCUCAAAAUAAGAGCAUAAAAAGAAUGUCAUCUGAA